AUGUCCGGUUCUGUGCGAUCUUCGAGAUAUGUCUUCCUUAAAGUAGAAGCACCUCAUCUACCCAAGAGACCAAGCUCGCUCUUCACUGUUCAAGCUUCCAUUCCCCGUUUCGACGAUACUGUAGAGCGGAAAGCUCUGAACGAAGCAGGAGCGAUGGAGCCUGGAAUCAUUCAUGCAGAAGAUGAAACGAUGAAACACCGUGUUUUCCUUUGGGUCCUCCAUGACUUCCUCGCAAUCUUCCUCAUCCUCCGCCUAUCUAUCUUUUCCCAAUAUGUUUCGUCGAUAUCACCCUCUCUUUUCACUCUUCGACACCUAUAUCUUCACCUCGUCGAGCAGAAGCAUCCUUUACCCAUCGAGACGGGGUAG